UUGGGUGUGGAAAGGAAACAGCUACAUAUGCUGUGCACGGGCCCGAUCAACGUAACUGCCGGCAGACGGAAAGGGAUGAAACCCUUACUCUACGGGGCCGGCGCGUGGAAAUCUGUGGUGAAAAAGAAAUGAAAACGGUCAUCUCCGAUGCAUACACCAAACUAACUCUCGCUCCUUCGAAUUCAUUCAAUUUUUAUUCUCUGACAGACGCAGACUCGAACGCACGUACAUCCACGCGCCCGAACGAUCUGUGUGUACGGGGUUGUCUCUCGAACGUAAAGCAAAACCCGUAAUCAGAAACAAAAAAAAAAAAAUAAACCAAAACGGACCCGGCAAAAACAGAAGUGUCCGGAUCGUUGGUGAAGGUUUGCUUCGGUAUUUUUUCUUGUCGUUCUGUGGAAAGUGUUUACCGUGUCGAAUUCGCGAUAGGUAUUCGGAAGGAUUUUAUCGAUAUUCUCGUUUAUCGCAUACACAGCAGUGUUCAGUGAUUCAGUGUGUCUUGGUUGUUGGUGUCGCUUGUUGGCAAAAAGGUCUCAUUCAUGUUUUGUGAUUAGUAAAAGUGAUAUUGCGGUUUAGCAAUCGUAAUAGCCUGUGCAACAGCAAAAAAAAAACACACAUACAUGUUUGAUCGAUCGAUCGAUCGAAGCGUAGCAGUGCAGUGCCAUUUCCAACAUCAAAUCACGCAUCAAAUGAGGUCAACUAUGUCAUACGACGUUAGUUGCCGAUUGCGUUCAAAGUGUUCGCCGCUUAGCAUUUGCUAGUGGAUGAUGUGGUGACAAGCCUUAACAGAGUGUUUGCAAAACAAUUUGUUCGUGUCCCUUAACGAACCACCAAAAACGCUCCCUUGGAUAAUAGAUAGUGCUUGCUGGAUUGGUACUCAAUAACUCCCAAAAGUAAAACACCCAAGAAAUCAACGAACCCCGAAUUCGUGCAUUCGUCUUAGUGUGAGUGUAUCCGAUAAUAGUGGUGUAGUUUGGUCGCAAAUCUUCAUGCUAAAAUCGUCAGGAAUGACUGUAACUCCGGUACGAAUGGCGAUGACCAGCCCGACGGUGCCCAUGCAGCAGAAAAGUAAUACGCGGAUCAGCAACUUCAGUGUCGCCUCACUGUUGGCGGACACGCGGCCCAAAACCCCUAACGCCCACCAUGCAAUCAUCACCUCCGGCAGUACCACCACCACCACCCCCACGGCCACCCUCACCCCCCUCAGUCCGCUGAUGGUGCAUGGUCCGCACGGUGUCCUGCACCAGGCGGCAAUGACGAUGACGACGACGACGUCCCUGCCCGGUGCGUCACCGUCCGGCGAUAUCCUGCCAGCGAAUCUGUCCUCGCACACGACCAGUUCCUCCUCGCCCCGGUCCCAGCACGAUGCCAGCUCGCUGAAAAACGUCGACACCGAUCGGGCCGACACACCGCACAGUUUGCUCGAAUCGGACGAUUACGACUCGAACCACGACGAGGAGGAAGACUCGAUCGUCGACAUCGAGGAUAUGGAUCACGAGCUGAGCGAGAGUGGAUCGGGUCGCAAGGGCAGCGGAUCACCGGGGUCUCCGUCGACGAUGGGACUGCCGCACGGAUCGCCGCCAGCGGCCGCCCUAGCUGCCGCGGCCGGUCACGUACCGAUCCGGCCCACGCCGUUCAGUGCGCUGGCAGCGGCGGCAGCGGCCUGGGGUGGCAUGAGCGGUGGCGUCCCAUGGCCCGGCGCUCGCCAGAUGCCACCGUUCGGACCACCCGGUCUCUUCCCGGGCCAAGGUUUCGGUGCCGGUCAGCUUGGUGGAGAUAACGAACCACCCCGUAUCAAGUGCAACCUGCGGAAGCAUAAACCGAACCGGAAGCCACGCACACCCUUCACCACCCAGCAGCUGCUGUCGCUCGAGAAGAAGUUCCGCGAAAAGCAGUACCUCAGCAUAGCGGAACGGGCCGAGUUUAGUUCGUCGCUGCGGCUUACCGAAACGCAGGUGAAGAUUUGGUUCCAGAACCGGCGGGCCAAGGCGAAGCGAUUGCAGGAAGCGGAGCUGGAGAAGAUUAAGAUGGCGGCGCUCGGACGUGCACCCGGUGCCCAGCUGUACAUGGGUUACUUCCAUCCGAGCUUAAUGGGUGGUGCGAUGCAUCUGGGAUAAGCCGCGGUGUCAGUAACGAUCUCCCCCCGGGUCUCCCCUCGGGUGUAGAGAAAGGUCGUAGGCCAAUCCCAACAAAAAACCAACAAAACAAAAAAAACCAACAAACCAACAAAACCUACCAACCAAUCAACCAUUGUGAAUAUUAGCAUUUAAGUGUCUAUUGCUAAACGACUGUUGCAUACUCCUAAGAUAGUACUGCCGAAGUGUGAGGUUAUGUAUGAUUAGGUAUUUAUUUUAGUUUUCUCAUCCAAACGUCCUAACACUCACAAGAACUCCUCCAUCUCCCCAUCCAACCAAACUCCCCUCAAGCCCGGAUUCGAAAUUCCGGUCUUCCCUGCCAAAGUAAAUGCCCUCCCUUCCUUCUUUGGUUGCCUUCUGCCUAUUGCCUCGAGGCGUUCAACAAAACCCGUCCAUAGGCGUCCCGGCAGGCGAGAAGAGUUUAAUUUUAUUUAUUCCUAAACGCGUUUUUAGUCCCCCUCCCUCUCCUCUCCGCACCCUUCCUCCUCCGCCUCCUUCUUAUCAUCCAACGUUCUUCCCUAUUGCGGCUUGUUGAGAUACCCGCAGCACGUCAUAGUCAGGCAAGAUUUUUGUAAAUAUCAAUCGUAAAGCUUCGGUACGCAUCGUGGCGCAUUGUUGAGUGGUGUGUUGGGCCAACAAACACGUCAGUGCCGGCGAGACAAAAUAUAACCUCUCCACACAAAAAAAAACCCGCCAUUUGUAAAUAUUAUCCCACGAAACGCAUUUGGCAUGCCAAGGAGCGUGCGAAACGUUUUCGGCCAAUUUGCUCCCUUUCCCUUCCGUCUUUUGCGUUGCGGUGGCCCUUUUAGUCCGUGAUCGGGACGCCUAAUGUGCACCUUCGUCGGCCUUUUUUUGGGAGAGGGGUGAAACAAACUUUUGUCCUACUAUCCUUCCCAUUCCCACUUCCCUUCCCGGCACAAUUGUAACGAAUUCGGCUACGGUGGACGCCGUUGGACAAUACGGGUUUUUGAGCGUUUUUCGAUUAGGAAGCGUUCAAAUGGAAGGGUGGGGGAGGGAAGGAAAAACCUCAAGAGUGUGCACGGUUUUAAUUUCUUAAUUUUUUGUAAAUAACAACAGCUCGUAAUGUGAGACACACGAAUUAAAGGGGGAGCAGGCGCCGCUAGGGGUUGCAAUGGGGGUUGCAGGGGGGACGAAAAUCGAGAUGAAAAAAAGCUUAAAAGGCAAACAGUGUGAGCGCGCUGUUUCGUGGAGAUUUCCGAUCGGUUGAGUUAUGCGUCCGAUCUGAUCCGCAGGUGAAUGUCAGGUGUAAAUAGAGUAGUGGUAGGCUAGUAGGCAAACGACGGGAAAGACGACGAAAGGUGGACAGUUUGAGGCGUUUUGUUUAAAUGUGACAGCUUCUUCGCCAUUGUGUGUGUGUGUCGAGGGCUAAUAGAGGGGUGCCGUUUUGAUGGUAAGCCUCCGAUGUUUGUGUGUCGUGUGCCCGAACUCGAUCGAUUUCUUAUCCAAUUGCUGCCAAAGUUGUACAGAAACCUGGUGGAGGAUGGGACGUGAGCAGUGAAAACCACUUAAGUGGAAGGUAAAUAAGGUUAAUUUGAAGCCUCAAGCAAAAACUCAUAAACAAUUGAAUCGGGCAUCCGGACCACAAAAUCUAACCAGCGAUGAAAAAUGGAUCAGGCAAGGUGUCGUAUGGCUAGGACAGGACAAAGCAUAGGACAAACAGGCAAGAGUAGUUUGUGGGGGGAAGUUUUUUUUGGUCUGUUGGUUCAGACGAUGUGACGCACACACGCCAUUUGUGCAAAUGGACGGGCGCUUGAUGCUGUGCUCUAUUGGAAACGAAUGGUGAGACAUUUGGUAUUAUUUCGACUGGUCGCUUCCCCGUAGUCGAAAGCUGCACACUAGGAACAAUAAGCAACAAAACAGUGAAGCGUAAGAAAAUAUCAUGCAAAUGUAAGUGCUAGCGUGUAAGGGUAGAUACAAAUAUGCUGGUGAUUUGAACACUAAGAAUACUAAGAAAAGAAAAAAAGAAAAGAAAAAUAUAUACAAUAAAUAAUUAAAAACAAA